AUGCAGGAAUUGUUUGCGAGUGGCGCGUUGUUGACGGCGCGCGUGGCUUGCCGCAGGUGGGUGGUGGACGAGUGGGGCCCCUGCUCGGUGAGCUGCGGGGGCGGGCAGCGCUUCCGCUACGUCCACUGCGCAGAAGACGGCAACGGCACGCGCACCAAGGUGGCGGACCAGCUGUGCCACGGCCACCGGCCGCACUACCAGGAGCCGUGCAACCCGAUGGACUGCCCCACGUGGAACGCCGGCGAGUGGUCCGGGUGCUCGGCGUCGUGCGGCGAGGGCGUGCAGACGCGCAACGUGUCGUGCAAAGACGCACGGGACGUGCCCAGCCUGCUGUGCGACCCCACGUCGCGUCCGCCCCACGUGCAGCCCUGCCGCACCGGCGUCGCCUGCUCCAACUUCCGCUCCAGCUUCUACGACUGGGAUGGAGAGCAACCAGAACAAUUGCCUGGAGUCACUCAACCUCUGGUGCAGCCAUAUCCCCCACCAGGACCAGGACUUUAUGGAGGUGCAACAGCAGAACGUCUGGUGGGAGAACAAGUGGUCCCCUCAGAAGCCACCUUCAUCGCUGAAAAAUGGUCACCAUGCAGCGUCACAUGUGGGCGAGGAGUGCGGACAAGAGCUGUGAACUGCAAGAUCUUCCUUGAAUUUUCGAGAACAGUUGCUAAAUUGCCAGACCAUCAAUGCCAAGGGCCUAAGCCCCCUCAAAGUGAACCGUGCGAAAUGGAGCCCUGUCCUAUUGUAAAUGAUGCACAGAGUAUGCAAGGAAUAGAAGGAAUUAAAGUGUCUGUUGUUAAAGGAAUUACACAUUCAUGGAAGGAAAUGGGAUUCACUCAUUGUAGUGCAUCCUGUCUUGGAGGGGUCCAAGAGUCUCUAAUUAAUUGUGUGAGAGAUAGCGAUGGAAAACCAGUAACACCAUACUUGUGUGAAAAGGAAACUCGCCCUGAAGUUCUCAUAAGAACUUGCAAUGAUCAUCCGUGCCCUCCGCGGUGGAAUUUUUCUGAUUUUCAGACCUGUACUAAGUCAUGUGGAAUAGGUAUUCAGACUCGAGAAGUUACAUGCAUUCAUGAAGUCACUCGAGGAGGUAGUAAUACUGUUAUUGUUCCUAAUAAUAUGUGCCCUCAACCUCCUCCUCCUGAUCGUCAAUAUUGCAACAUUUUGGAUUGCCCAGUGCGAUGGCAUACAUCUGAAUGGUCUAAGUGCUCAAAACCUUGUGGUGGUGGAAUUAAAACAAGGCACGUGGAAUGUAAACAAGUAAUGGCACAAAAUCAUGUUGUGACUCGACCUGCUGCCAAAUGUUCUUCUCAAAAGCCUCCUGACAAAAAGCCUUGUAACACUAAAUCUUGCCAAUUGGAAACUGAUAGACCUCACAUUGCAAUUUCUAAUACAACUUACAAACAGCUUAGUCCCAAUAAAAAACGUGUUACCCUUAAAAUUGGAGGAAGAGCUGUUAUUUAUGCAGGCACUCAAGUCAAAAUUAAAUGUCCUGUAAAAAAAUUCAAUAGAACAAAAAUUCAAUGGACCAAAAAUGACUCUUAUAUUGUGAAUAAUAAGAAGUACAAGAUUUCAAAGAAAGGAGCUCUGCGUAUUCAAGAUGUGAAGUCUCAAGAUGGUGGAAAAUACAGUUGCAUUGCUGGUCAUUCUAAAGCAGAUUUAUUCUUGUCAGUCAAGGACAAGUUAGGAGUACUCACCAGCUCAGAAGAAAUUGAACGUCAGCACUCACCUAAAGUGCCAGAGCGUCACGAUGAUGCUAAUGUGGAAAACAUAGCGUCUGGGCAGAGCCCUUUCCUGCAGCCAAGUGAUGACUUUAGUCAUGAGCACAGGCCUGUUGAAGUGAAUCCUGCAAAGAAACCCAUCCGGAAACAAGUCAAUAACCAUCUCGGAGACCUGUCAAGAGUAUACCAACCCACCACUCCCACACAACAGCCUCCAUCUCAGCGCAACCAGGAGGAACCUUCUAAUAUGCCUGCACCAGGCACAGUUGGGCCUCAAUAUGAUGGCUCAGUGUCUGAGUCUCUGCCCCCUAGAUUUCACGACCCUUCUGAAGAUCCCCCCUCGUCAUCUGCAGGCACACGCCCUAUGCCCCACUUUCAGCAGCUUCUAGCCAAUUUGCAGACGUUCAGCAACUCCCGAGGGCAUCGCAUGGUGUCAGAGACAAUGGAACAGGAGCAGCAUGGUCUUGAUGAGGACAGCAAUGAUGGUGAGGAAAGCAAAGAUCAAAACCAUGAAGUAACUGAGGAUGGUUUAAUUGGACCUGCAGUUGUUUUGGGAAAAGGUAGUCCAGAAAAUUUGAAAUUCACAUGGAUGAUAAGUAAUUGGUCUGACUGUUCUCAGACUUGUGGAGGAAGUGGGUUUCAGAUGAGGGCAGCUCAUUGUAUGGUACAGUUGCAUAACAAUUCUCAAAAUGUAGAUAGUAACCUAUGUGAAGAUGCAGGAUUGGCACCUCCUCCUACAAUACAGAAAUGUGGCAUAGAUGACUGCCCACGCUGGGUAUCUGGAACAUGGUCAUCUUGUGAAGACUCUCGUUGCUUUACAUGGAACACA